AUUUGUUGCUUCAUGACGGUAUUUCUGGAAUAAAAGUAAAUUUUUGCACUUUGAGGUCUGUAUAAAUAUAAGUGUUGAUCUCAGCUAAGUGAGCUGUAGUAGAGAUAUAUAAUAAUCUGAUUAAAUAAUGUAUACAUAAAUCUGUGUUUGCAAUGUAAUAUUUCGAUGAAUGAUUCAUUGAGGUUCAUUAGAUUCUCUGCUAACAUUAAUGUCACUACAUUUGUCUAGCAUAAGAAUGAAUUUUUGUUCGUGACACGUCUAAAGAAGUCGGUAAGACGGCGAUUUUUAGUUUUAUAUACGAUAAGCGGGAUGGGUUUUUCUACGAGUUUACAAGGACAAUCAUCACAUGAGGCGUUACUCGCCCGUCAAGAUGCUGAAAUUAAACUUCUGGAAACAAUGAGACGAUGUUUAACGAUUAAAGUUAAAUCAGAUCGUGAAUAUGCUUCAACGAUCUGUUCCUUGACGAUGCAAGGAAAAAAGAUUGAACGUAAUGAAGAUCUUGUUGGUAGUCUAAUAGCACAAAGUUGGAAGGAUAUUAUGGACUCUAUUGAUCAAACAGCAAAAUUAAUCAAACAACAAGCAGAUUCUAUUGAAGCUAUAGUAGUUGAACAUAUUACAACAUUACAUUCUGAAAGAAGACGAGCUAGAAAAAUAUAUCAAGAAGAACAAACAUGGUUAAACAAUCAAUUUCAACAGUUAACUGAUGAUGUUGCCAGAAAAAAAUUAGAGUAUCAGAAAAAUCUAGAAAUGUAUAAAUUGAUGAGAUCCCGUUUUGAAGAACAUUAUGUUAAAUCGGGUAGAGUUGGUAGAAAAUUGGAUGAAGUAAGAGAAAAAUAUCAAAAAGCUUGUAGAAAACUUCAUCUUACCCAUAAUGAAUAUGUAUUACUUUUGGGUGCUGUAACAGAGUGUGAACAUGACUUAAGAACUUGUUACUUACCAAGUUUACUUCAUCGACAACAGGCAAUUCAUCAAGAAUUUAUAACAUCAUGGAAAACCAUACUUCAGGAUAUAGUGAAAUAUUCUGAUUUUACAACAGAUAAAUUUCAAGAAAUACAUCGGCGAAUGCAAAAAGCUGUAGAUUGUGUGAAACCUGUAGAAGAAUAUAGGGAUUUUAUAGGAAAACAUAGAACGCGACCUGCAUCUCCAAUAAGAUUUAUUUUCGAUGAAAAUCUCGUGGAUGAUACAUCGGGAAAAUUAUUACCAAAUAAAUUAACAGUAGAUAAUUUAACUAUAGAUUGGUUAAGAAAUCGGUUAACAGAACUAGAAAACUCAUUAAAAGCAACUCAACAAAGUCGACAAAAUCCACAAUAUCCAUCAGAAAAUAAUAGCGAUUCUAAGAUAUCGAUUUUGGAUUAUUCCCGCGAAAGAGAAGAAUUACGUUUACGUUGUCAAGAAAAAAAACUUCAACGACAAGUGGAUGUUAUUAGAGCUGCUUUGAAUGAAUUAGGUUGUGAAGAAUUACCACUUGGUUAUGAUCUCUCAAUGGAAAGUUCUUUUGCUGAUUCGCCUUCUAUUAGCAAGAAAAAUACAGUUGCAGAUAUUGGUCUGUUUACAUUACGAAGAAAUCAACGAUUCAUGACAAUAUUUAGAUCUCCCUUCAAAUCUUUACCAAUAAUAAACGACACAAAAGAUGGAACAAUUAGAUCGAGUAGCGAAGGUCCUACUCCAAAAGCAGAUAAUACUCUACCAGUUGCAUCUUUUCGGAUUUCACAUUUAACAACUAAUCAGAAGGGAAAUGGAAAUGGAGGUCUUAUGGAGGAAGAAUGGUUUCAUGGUGUACUACCAAGAGAAGAAGUUGUAAGAUUACUUGUCACUGAAGGAGACUUCUUAGUACGCGAAACAACAAGAAAUGAUGAGUGCCAAAUAGUUUUAUCUGUCUGUUGGGAUGGACACAAGCAUUUUAUAGUGCAAACUACUCCUGAAGGACAUUACAGAUUUGAAGGCCCUACGUUUCCAUCAAUUCAAGAGUUAAUCAGACAUCAAUGGUUAUCCGGAUUACCAGUUACCAGUCGAUCUGGAGCUAUCCUCAAAACACCAAUUUUACGUGAACGUUGGGAACUUAAUAACGAUGAUGUAAUUCUUCUAGAAAAAAUAGGACGGGGUAACUUCGGAGAUGUAUAUAAAGCUCAAUUAAAAACCUGUAAGACUGAGGUGGCUGUAAAAACUUGUAAAGUAACGCUACCGGAUGAACAAAAACGUAAAUUUUUGCAAGAAGGACGUAUAUUGAAACAAUAUGAUCAUCCAAAUAUAGUAAAGCUUAUUGGAAUUUGUGUCCAAAAACAACCUAUUAUGAUUGUUAUGGAAUUAGUUCCCGGCGGUUCACUGUUAACUUAUUUAAGAAAAAAUACUAAUACUAUUACACAACAAGAACAGCUUCGAAUGUGUAAAGAUGCAGCUGCAGGUAUGCGCUAUUUGGAAUCUAAAUAUUGUAUUCAUAGAGACUUAGCUGCUCGGAACUGUCUCGUAGGAUAUGAAUCUAUAGUAAAAAUAUCAGAUUUUGGAAUGUCACGAGAAGAAGAAGAAUAUAUAGUUUCAGAUGGUAUGAAACAAAUUCCAAUUAAAUGGACUGCACCAGAAGCAUUAAAUUUCGGCAAGUAUACAUCACUUUGUGAUGUAUGGAGUUAUGGAAUCUUAAUGUGGGAGAUAUUUUCUAAAGGUGGAAAUCCUUACAGUGGAAUGUCUAAUUCUCAAGCUCGUGAAAAGAUAGAUGCAGGUUAUCGAAUGCCAGCACCAGAAAAUACACCUGAUGAAAUAUACCGUUUAAUGUUACGAUGUUGGGAAUAUGAACCUGAAAAACGUCCUCAUUUCGAUCAGAUAUACACUGUUGUUGAAACACUUUCUCAAGCGUAUUUAUAAAUAAUAAUAAGCUUAAAUUGGUGCUAAAAUCUUUGUAUCAUGAAUAUUACUUUUUUCACAUUGUUUAUUAUAAUAAUCAAUUUUUUCAUAUAAAUCUUAUAAAAGUUCAGAUUAGAGCUUUAAAAAGCAAUGUUAGAACAUUACUAAAAGUGUAUACAUAAUAGAUUCAUGAUUUGCUAUGAAAAUCUCGCAAUAAUCUAUUUAAAAAAAAAAAGUUUAUGUGACUAGUUAUACGUGAUUAAAUAAAGAUUUUUAUACAUAUAUAUAUGUAUAUAUGUAUAUAUAUACAUAAUUAUAUAUAACUUGGAACAGAUAAUAAUAUUAUUUUAAUUAUUAAUAAUUAUAAAAUCUUGAAUAUUUAAAUUCAAUAAGAAAAAAUUUUAAUAAUUACCAAUAAGUCAUUUAUUAUGAAAUAUUCGUUUGUAAAUAUUAUUAUUUUUUAUUUUUUCUUAUUUCUUUUCUUCUAAAGUGAUGUAUGAUAAUAUUCCAGAAUAAAUUAAUGAUUCUACUGAAAUUUUAAAAAUAUAUUACAUUUAAUGAAAAUCAAAUCAAAUGUAAACAUAGUUAAAAGUGAGUUUUUCAUAGUGAACCAUCGAUAUUUCUAUUUUUUCAUUGUAUUUAUAUUAUUAUCAAUAGAAAAUAUGAAUAUUUAUCAUACUAUGGUAUAAUCAUACAUAAAAUUUUAUUCAGUUUCUUUUAAAAUUUGAAAAAUCUUUAAGAUUAUUAGGAUGAUCCAAUAUCGAUAAAUUUUUUAUUACUUAUUUUUUUCAUUUUUUAUAUUAAUAUUUCCGCUUUAAUUCCUUAUGUUAUAUAUAUCCGUCCAAAUGAUAAUUCAGUUUUAAUAGCCAGUAUUUAUUGAUAAAACGAAAAAUGUUUAAUCAUGAAUUAUAUUUAUUUAGAAGAAAUUUUCGCAAUAAGCGUAGUAAACACAUGUUAAAUAAUAUAAAAAAACAAAAUUAUCUAAUUAUGAGUAUUAACUCAAAAACAUUUAUAAUUUCAUAUCUUUAUUUCCUAUGUUUCAUUAAAGAAACUAAAUAUAAAAUAUAAAAGUUUUAAAGCAUUAUUUAUAUAUGUAAUAAAUAUUGCAAAUUUAAAGAUUUUUUUAAUGCAUAAGUUACUAAUUAAUUUACAACAAUUUUUUUUAAUUUUGUUAAAAGUUAUAAAUCUUAUUAGUUAUUGCUGUGCAAUACGGUGAUGCUCAACUAUUGAGAUGCAUUAUAUAGAUUAUUUGUAUUUAAUAUGAUAAUGUGGUUAUAGAUAUUGUAUACAUGUGUAUAUUGUGCGAGAUGCGUAAGUCAUCUUCUAAUAAGUCAUAACUAGGAGAAAAUUUAUAAAUAUUCAAAACAAUGUUGAACUUCUCUAUUGUAUUAUAACAAAGAAUAAGUGUUUUAUCGUGUGUUAUUUGGAAAUGAGAUUUUAAAAAAACGAGUGUGUUAUUUUACAAUACUCAAUAUUAUUUUAAGAAUUAAUAAAACUUAUAUCAAAGUCUUUUGUAAAGUUAAAUAUUUAUUAUUGUCAUUGUAUAAAUAAUUUUAUUUUUACCUAUAUUCGUAUUAAAAUUAUUUGUAUAUGUAUUUUGGUAUAUGCACAUACAUAUUACAAGUACAAUUUAAUAAGUUCAUCACUUACAGCUGAAGGUGUUAAUAUACCUAAAUCAGUAAAGAGAAGACUAAUAUAAUGUGGUGGCGUAUAAUCAACUAAUGGAUGUUCUUUUUGCAAAUCUUUUUUUAAUGUACUUGCUGUAUACUGUAAAAGAAAAAAUAAAAAAACAAUUUUUUAAAUA